AUGAGUGCUCCAUCGCACCAUUUCAUGCAAAACAUGAACAAUCCAAAUCAGAGCGGCCUAAGAACCUCCUUUGGCCCAAAUGCGAUGCAAAGCCCCAUGGAUGGUCCUGGUAUGCAAUCUGGAAUGCCCAAUCAAAUAGGCGGUCAAAUGUCUCAGCUAGGAAAUCCAAUGAUGUCCCAACUAAACAACCCCUUAAGUGGCGCUAUUAGCCCCAUCAAUUCGCAAAUGGGUGGUCCCAUGCAAACAGGCUUAGGUGCUGGACCUAUGCAAACAUCAAUGCCCAAUCAAAUGGGCGGGCAAAUUCCUCAAUUAGGCAAUCCUAUGAUCAGCCAAAUGGCUAACCCAAUGGGUGGAGCAAUGAGUCCUAUCAAUACGCCAAUGAACGAGUUCAAUCCAAACCUCAAUCAUCAAAUGCACCCUGGUUCUCAAACACCCGGAGUAACUCCGACUCCGCCUCAAAGCCAUACUCCCCAGCAACAGCAGCAAUCCAAGGAAUUUAACACUGCUUCUUUGUGUCGUUUAGGCCAGGAAACUGUUCAAGAUAUUGUUAGUCGUACUCAGGAAGUUUUUCAGACUUUGAAAGCCAUACAGCCUCCUGCUGGUACGGCUCAGUCGGCUAAUGCCAGUAAUGAGAAAAAGGCCAAAGUGCAAGAACUACUAAGAACUAUCAGAGUACUUUUUAAAAGACUGAGGUUAAUAUAUGAAAAAUGUAAUGAAAACUGCCAGAUUCAAGGGAUGGAAUAUACUCAUAUUGAAAGUCUUAUACCUUUUAAAGAUGAGUUAGAUCCAAAGCACGAAGAAAAAAAGAAUUCUGAAGCGUAUAGAUUAGCUUGCGAAGAAAGCAAAGAAGUAAUGGAACAAGUAAUUUUGAAGAACAAACAACUUAAAGAAGUAAUUGAUCAUUUGAGAAGAAUCGUUUGGGAAAUUAACACUAUGUUGACUAUGAGAAAAUCAUGA